CUCCCAGAAGUGCUUACUCAAAUCCUGCAACCUCACCAUAUGGAUCUCGUACAAACAUCCAGUCAGCUUCGACUGGCGAGUGCUGAAUUAGCAUCAACUACUCCAUUAAUAUCGCAUGCUGUUCUUGAUCCAGCCUAUUCAAAUACAUCGCAGCACAGUUUAUUGACCACGUCGACCGCAACGACAUUGCAUGAUCCAAUAGGCACACCCAGACUUUUAACAGAUAUGAUUGGAACAACAACGCCUAUAAAACAGCCUAUGCUGGGUAUGUUUCAGUUUGAAGACUUGAUAACAAAACCAGAAUGGACAUGCCAGUCUUUAUCCGAUACUACCAAAUUGACAAACCACUUUGAUUCAGAUUCAGUAUCUGAUUACCGUACUCCGGUCUCAUCGUUUGGAGCACUUGAUUCAUCAGUCUGUGUUUCAAACGAAACCACCGCACUUGGAACUUUGCUUCCUUGUUUAUCAACAACAGAGACUCAACCCAUAGAGGAUAUGGAUACCAAGCAUGCGUUGGAAGCUUGUUUAACGUCCAAUACUGAAUUUAAUUUUAAUGAUUCCCAAACAGAUAUGAUUAAUCUAGAAAUUCCCAGUAAUACAGAUUAUGCGUCUCUAUUUACAUUGAUGUAAAAACAGAUGCAUGCCUUUUCGG